GUAGCUACAGUUUACACCACAGUUCUGAUGGAAACAUGUUUUCACUAACGACGCCUCUCAACUGAUAAAAUACAGGCAAAACUUCUGAUUCUUCAAGGAUUUGGCAAAACAGAAAUAGCUGUUGACAUUCCGAUAUGGCAGUUCUUCACGGUGCUUAUUCAAACAGUUUGAAUGAAAUCCUGACUGCAGCGGCUGUUUUUAUUGUCACGUUCGCCAUCGUCAAACUGUUCAGCACCCUCAGCAAGAAACACUACAACCUGCCACCAGGUCCACGAAACCUGCCGCUGGUUGGUUACCUUCCUUUCCUCGGGAAAGCUCCUGUAGAGACCUUCAGCUCCCUGCGUGGUCUCUAUGGCGACGUGUUCAGCAUCACUCUGGGCAGCUUCCCGGCUAUCGUAGUCAAUGGGAAAGAUGGCAUCAAAGAUGCUCUUCUAGCUCAGAGAGACGACUUUGCGGGCAGGCCAUCAUUCUCUACAGGCAGACUGUUAAACGAGGGUCGAAACUUCGCCUUCCUCUCGGCAGGUCCUCUCUGGAAAGCUCACAGGAAAAUCGUCAGGCACGUGAUGUACGCUUUCGGCAAUGCGAGGAACAAUCCCAUCGAAGACAUUGUCGUGUCUGAGGCCAUUACCAUCGUCGACGACUUCGUCGCUCAGAAAGGCAAACCUUUCCAUCCUUACAAUAGUAUUUUGCUGGCAGCGGCGAGUAUAAUGUACCAACUCUGUUACGGCCGACACAAGAACAUUCGCGAAGAUCAAGACUUUCAUGACAUCCUAACCAACACGAGAGAAAUCUCGAAGUUCGCCAAAGCUGGAAAUUCUGUUGACGUGAUGCCGUGGCUCCGUCACGUGAUGCCCUGGAGAGUCAGGAAGUUUCUACAAUUCUUAGUCACGGCUACCAGACGCAGAACAAAGAAGGUUGAAGAACACGAGAGAACGUUUGACGAGCAGCAUCUUCGCGACAUCACUGAUGGCCUGAUCUCCGCCGCCAACAACUUGUCUGAAGAGGACAAAAAUGUGGGGAUGGAUAAAACACGAAUCAUCGAGAGUCUUGAUGUAAUAUUUGGCGCUGGGACCAACACGGUGUCUGUAUUUCUUGACUGGAGCGUUCUUCUCAUGGCUGCUUACCCUGAUGUCCAAGAGAAAGUAUUUCGAGAGAUCGAGAUGGUUGUCGGACUAAAUCGCUACCCGUCUCUCGCCGACCGUUCCAGUCUACCCAUGGUAGAGGCGACCAUCUACGAAGUGUUUCGCUUUGCAAGCCCCGUUCCGCUAGCUUUGCCUCACGCCACAACUUGCGACACGACUGUACGAGGCUACGAUGUUCCUAAAGGAACGGUGGUUCUGGUCAACAUCUUUUCUGUCCUCCACGAUAAAGAAACGUGGGGAGACCCCGAGAAGUUCCGGCCAGAGCGUUUCCUGUUGGACAACGGUCAGCUGGACAAGGCCAAGACCGAGCAAGUCAUCGUCUUCUCGAUGGGUAGACGACGAUGUGUCGGCGAGUAUCUGGCACGGAUGGAGGUCUUCCUGGCUUUCACUACCCUCAUCCAACGCUGUCGACUGUACAAGCCACCCGGGGCACCCGAGUACACACUGGGGAGAGUGUUCGAGUUGGCCUGCCUUCCACAGUCUUACCAAGUGUGCGCUGAUCGGAGAGAGUAAACAAUAAUAUGAGUAUCAAUAUU